ACUGUCUGUCGAUGGCAGCAUAUUCUACUGGCAGCUCGAUGGGCGGACUCAGGUCGGCAGGGAACUAAACGGAUUUUAACAAAAUUUUAUUCGCACGUGGCUGGAAAUUCGUUUCGUUGGCGGAUUACAGAAUUGGAAAAUGGUUAAGACUGUCAGUAAAGUAAAGGGAGUUUCGUGGCGAUUCGGUGUCACUGCUGCCAGCAACGAGUCCGAUAACAUCGGGAAAUCGUUUUUGCAACUUAAGUUAGACUUGGAGGAAGACGGUAAAAGCAAUACCGUGUUCGUGGAAAUGACGAUAAGCGAGUUUUAUAAAUUUCUACACGACCUAGAGAAAGCGAAGUCGGACCUUGACCUGUUGCUAUAAAUAAAUCUAAUUGAUUGUACUCGUUAAUUAUAAAUUAAGCGGUGCCGCUUGUUCAUGAGCAUUUUAUUUUUCUACACAUAUUUGUAUAGUUCGAUGUCCGUAUAAAAAAUAAAGUUGUAUUUGCGUAUGUACAUGAACAUGGUAGAUCCUGCGGUGUUUUAUUGUUAAUUGACGAUCGUAUAACGCUUAUAAUCGAUUAAUACUUAUGUCGGUAGUAAUACUAGUUCGUAAAAAAAUAGCAUUUCUUUACUAUAAAAGUUUUGCAGUGUACACAACGACGAAGUAUUGUUCUCGAAAAUUCGCGAUUACAAUACCCGUUUGUUUCUUCGGCGAGGAAUUCGUACCUUGAGAGAUUACUUUACCUGUUUACGUUUCAAAAUAAAUGAUACGUUCUCCUGACACCUGUUUCGGUGAUCAAGAAUAUAUUUGGCACGUCCAAUUGUAAAAUACAAUCGAAAUAUAUUUCUCGUGGGACAUUUAAA